AUGGACAAGAAGAUGCUCUGGGUGGCUGUGAAGCUUGUUUUGACAGGUUACUUUGGUAUGUGUGUGGGUCAAAGUAUUUUACCCCCGGGACCCCUGAGUGGAGCCGUGGCAGACUCUGUGAAAUUCAGCACAAACGUCCAGCCUCCGGAGAAUCCAUUCAUCUCCGUCAGCUGGAGUUUCAAAGGGGUGAACAUCAUCACCUCCACGAGUGCCUCAAACACCAUGAGGCCCGAGUACGCCAACAGAAUCUCACUGGAACGAGCCACGGGAGGCCUGGAGCUCAGGGACCUGGUGCUGGAGGACGGUGGGGAGUACACCGUCACCAUCGUGCCAGCGGAAGGGCCACAGAAGCAGGGGGAGACCACUCUGAAUGUGUAUACAAAGAUAACAGCAGCCACCAUCCGCAGCCCUGCAGCCGUCCUGAUAGAAGAUGAAAGCUCCACCAACCUCACCUGUGAGGCCUCUGGCUCCAUCAGCAGCAGAGUGUGGAUGAAGGACGAGCGGCCUCUCCGUCCCAGCAGCAGACUGAGCUUCUCCGCAGACAACCGGACAGUGUUCAUACAACCCGUGGACUCCUCCAGCCAUGGCCCCUACCAGUGUCGAGUCAGCAACCCAGUCAGCAGCAUGACUGUGGCUCAUAACCUGACUGUCAACUUUGGACCACAUAACAUUUCAAUCAUCGGACCGUCAGCAGCUCCGCCCGGCCAGCGAGUGACACUGCAGUGCACGGCCGACUCUGUCCCACCGGCAAACUUCAGCUGGAUGUUCAACGGCAACGAGACUCGUGUUGACAACUCCAUGUUCAUCAUAGAAAGGCUGAAGGCGGAGAACACAGGGAAUUACACCUGCAGCGCCCGAAAUAUGGUGACCAUGCAGGAAAACUCCACGGUGCUGAAUCUGAGAGGUUGUCUCUGUGUUUACGAGACAAUGAAAACCGGCAGCACAUCAACUCUCAUACUGCUGGAGAUGAUCUACGUCACAUUACUCCCAGCUCUGAAGGCACAAACAAUCAGCGUCCAACCCGAGGUGACUGGAUAUCUCGGGCAGGAUGUCACCCUGCCAUGCCACUUCAUCAAAGCAUCAGCAAAUGACACUGUUAUUCAGGUUCAGUGGGAUCUGCUGGGAUCAGAGAAAAAGACUAUCAUUGUUUUUAAACCCAAGUUUGGGGUGAACAUCUCUGAUAGUCCUCUGAAAGAGAAGGUGAACCUCACAGAACAGUCGUUGAUAAUUAAAGAUGUUGAACUGAAGAAUGCAGGGUUGUACAUGUGCACCCUUACAACCUUCCCCAGUGGUUCAUUGACGGGAGAGACCAAACUCAUUGUUCGAGAACAGAUGCCGUUAUCAUCAGUUGUUGUGUCUGCUAUAGUGAUUGCUGUCAUACUGCUGGUGGGGAUCAUGGCAGCCAUAACGUACUUCAUCUUCAUCAGAAGGUGUGACUCUUCAGUCAGCCACAGUGUCGUCAUUGACACAGGUGGGACAGCGAUGGAUGUGUCCAAGUCAUCUGGUAUUGAAAGAGCUGAGGACGUGGUCUACUCUGGAGUCAAGGUCAAACCACCCAGAGGUGAGACGACCUCGAGCAAUGACGAACACAGGAUGCCAUCGAAUGCAGACGUGACAUACGCAGAAGUGACGGUUUUGGGUCGGAAGCCGAAAUGAGAGCAAAAAAUAAGAAAUCACUUUUAAAGCUGCUCUAUGUAAGUUACAUUUAUUAUAGUCUUGGUAUCAUUCCACAUAUUCUAAUAUGGAUGAAUGGACCUGUAGUCUUAGUGCCAGCUCAAUCAAUUAAUCAAUCAAUCAUCAAUCAAAACAUUACGAACUGGCAUGAGACAAACUACAGCUGAGGCUGAUGAGAGUAUAACCUAAACUACAAUGACCCUUCACUUCGCUUCACUAGAUUUCUUGGAAAUCAGUGAUGUAGUUUUUGCAAAAUCCAUCUAAAGAACAAACAAGAAAACAUAACCUUUUUGGAGAAGGUAACAACACUUUGUCCUGAGAGGCAGCUCGAUGAAAAAUCUGUUAGAGAGGUAACUCCAAUACAUCCUCCUUUAAUGUGUGAAUUAGAUCUGAUCACCUGUAGCUGCUGCUGUAUUUCAUUAAAGAGCUUCUGCGUUCUGCGUCCAUCUGCUUCCAGUCAUUUGUGCAGAAAUUGCUUCAUGUCAAUGUUUCUGUGGCUGUUUUCCUUGCUUAAGAAAGUUACAAAAUACGGUUUGCACAGUUGCUGUCAUGGUGGAUACCUGCUUGUGCUUUUUCUCAUAUGCAACUGGCCACUAUAUUUUUGAAGGUGUACAUUGGUCUUUUUCAUGUUGGACACCAUCAGUGAACAUCACUGACUAUGUCUCAUCAUUUCCUGGAAUACAUGUUAUGGAUUUUAAAAUAAAGACAAGAUAAUGACA